GAAGGAUAUACGUUGAGCAGGGGCACAUUGGAACUGGAGCAGGAACUGGAAGUUCUGGCAGUGGAAGCUGUGGAGGCGAUGUGGCACUGGAAGGCGUUUUCUUGCAGUCGCGCUUCGACAUGACAUUCCUUCUGCCGCUAGCUGUGGCUCUACUUUCCGUUUCGGUUGGAUCCUCCGCUUUUCUGGCCUUCAAAUCAUUUGUGCAGUCUCUGCGCAAGUCUAAGGUUGAGGACGAUGAGAGCAGGACAGUUGAGCUGGAGGCUGAGGGACUAAUCAAGGAAUGAAACGAUUGACGGAAGAAAUCCAAAGCACCAACCGAUAAGCUGGCUGUUGUUUGAAGAGUACUGGAACUUAAGGUGUUUUGUCGGUGUUCGUCUCAAAGGACUGAGUAACUUCAGACCGGAAGUUUCUGUGGCAAGUAUGUCAAAGUCACUAGUCUCGAACAGGGGUUUGACGGGCAUAGCAAACUUCCACACUUCAAGUCAAAAGCAUACAAGUGCCUCUAGUAGACCAGCUCAAAAGCAACCCUGGCCCCCACAAAAGCAACGCUCAGACACUGUUCGGCUGGUUUCCAGAAGUUCUGGAAGAAUGCGUGGUCCAGUGGCGGUAUGCAAUCUGUGCAAAUCAUUCCUUCAGAAUGAGUACCAACACUUUCUGAGGCCAAAAAGGCUCUCCCGAUCAGCCCCUGCACGAGUUUGGCGCCCAUACUCCUCUACGAGGAUGGCAAUGGAGGUCCCUGACUUUCUUCCAACGUCCUUGUUGAAAGAACGGAGUCAAAGACCUCUUGGGCCGGCCUUUGAGUUGACAGCGGAAGAAGCAAUCUUGCGCCAACUAGAGGCGCUCAAGGACAACGACCAUCCGUAUCCAGAUCACGGAAUUGAGGUCAUGUACAGGUUUGCCGCGUUCGAUCCAUUCACGUUCUCAACCUAUUUUGGUACCGUCAAGGACCUUGGUCAGUUCGAAAGAUUCCGACGACUGUUUCACGACAGAGUUUACCGCGUGCUCCUGGGGCACACCGACUCCAAGAUCCUGAGCAGCUUCCACCCCUCCGAACAUGAGUUCAAGCAGCGAGUUUGGAUACGAGGCCAUCGACCCGGCGAAGAAGAGGUCUUCGAGUUCACCCUCUCACAGCGCUUUGGGGGAGUGCGAGACGGAUACUGGUUGACGGAAAGCCUGAAACACGAUGGAAAGGGACUCAGCAAACACAUUGCGUACUGACGAGGGGUUUUCUUUGUGUAUGGAAACCCGAAACGCGAGUAUCUCGGUCAAGGGAGAAACUGCUGUGCUUCUUUAGAAUGGCAAAUGCCUGGAAGCCAACGUGGAGAAUUGAGUUGCUGGAAGUGCUCAUGGCCCCGAACAGCCUCUGACCUAUUCCAUCUGUACAUAGAUGUUCAUAGCUUGCGCUCUGCCCCUUGACCUCCAAGGAACUCAAAUGUACAAAGAGUAAAAAAGAAAGUUUAGCACCACCUUGCACGGAUCAAGCGUUGAACAAGUUGGUCUUUUCGAUGACGAUUGAGGCUGUGUACAUUUGGAUUCACGUAAACGAGAGCUCUCCUAGGAUUUAGCAUCGUUGUGUUCAGAAG